AUGUCACUGGGCGAUGUGGCUAGGCAAGAGGGUGCCGAAGGCAAAGGGGAUGCCCAAGGCGACACAAAGCUUGCAUGUCGCAAGGCGAUGUGGCUAGACACAGGGGUGCUGAAGGCGACACAAAGCUUGCAUGUCGCAAGGAAAUGUGCUUAA